AGAAAGGGAGAGAGACACACCGAGGAAAGAGGGAAAGAGAAGAAAGUGUCCGUUACACCGGGUGGAUUUUUCCAGAGCACCGAUGUUGGAACACUCUUCUGAGCUGGCCCUGGUGCAGAGUCUGUAUGCCAACAGCAUGCGCUGUCCCCCCUCUGCGGCCGGGAUCUCAGUCAGGAAUGAGGACCUGCCUAUGAGCAACGGCAGCAGCAGCAAGAUGAACGGGUCGCUGGAGCACUUGGACCAGCCAGACCCUGACUCCAUCAAGAUGUUUGUUGGACAGAUCCCCCGCUCCUGGUCAGAAACAGAACUUAAAGAGCUAUUUGAGCCCUUUGGAGCCGUGCACCAGAUAAACAUUCUUCGUGAUCGCACUCAGAAUCCUCCUCAGAGCAAAGGAUGCUGUUUUGUAACUUUUUAUACAAGAAAAGCUGCACUGGAGGCCCAGAAUGCACUGCACAACAUAAAGACCUUAAGUGGGAUGCAUCAUCCUAUCCAGAUGAAACCCGCUGACAGUGAGAAAACAAGUGCGGUAGAAGACAGAAAACUCUUUGUCGGCAUGGUUUCAAAGAAAUACGGUGAGAACGAGGUCAGAAUGAUGUUCUCGUCUUUCGGACAGAUCGAAGAGUGCCGAAUACUUCGGGGACCGGAUGGUCAGAGCAGAGGCUGUGCGUUUGUCACAUUUGCUACCAGGGCAAUGGCACAGAAUGCAAUCAAAACCAUGCAUCACUCUCAAACUAUGGAGGGCUGUUCCUCACCUCUGGUGGUGAAGUUUGCUGACACACAGAGAGAUAAGGAGCAGCGACGCCUGCAGCAGCAGCUAGUACAGCAGAUUCAGCAGCUCAACAGCGCCUCCACCUGGGGAAACCUGGCUGGGCUGGGGACUCUUUCACCGCAGUACCUGGCUCUGCUCCAGCAGGCCACUUCUCUCAGUAACCAAGGCAGUCUCAAUGGUAUUCAAAGGCUAGGAGCGGGUGUGAAUCCACUUCAGCUGCAGAACCUGGCCACAUUAGCUGCCGCUGCAGCUGCAGCUCAGAGUUCUGCCAGCCCAACUUCCACCAGCGCUCUGUCUACCAGCAGCGGUGCCCUGGGAGCUCUUGCCAGUCCAGUUGGGUCAACAGCAGGGUCCAGUGCUGCCGCUGCCGUGAACCCCUUGGCAUCUCUGGGGACUCUGCAAGGUCUCACUGGGACCUCUGUGGGCCUCAACAACCUUAACGCUCUCACCAGCAGCGUCAGUGGUAUGGGGGCCAUGAACGGGGGUCUGGGAGCCUCCAUGGCCAACGGGUCAGCAGUCAGCUCUAUGGAUGCCCUAACCCAGGCCUACUCAGGGAUGCAGCAGUACACAGCGUCUGCCCUGCCCGCCCUCUACAGCCAGUCUCUCCUUCAGCAGAGUGUGGCUGGCAGUCAGAAGGAAGUAGGGCCAGAGGGCGCCAACCUGUUCAUCUAUCACCUGCCCCAGGAGUGUGGGGACCAGGAUCUUCUGCAGAUGUUCAUGCCUUUUGGAAAUGUGGUCUCCGCCAAAGUUUUCAUUGACAAACAGACCAAUCUGAGCAAGUGCUUUGGGUUCGUCAGCUAUGACAAUCCUGUGUCUGCACAAGCUGCCAUCCAGGCCAUGAAUGGUUUCCAGAUUGGCAUGAAGAGGCUGAAGGUUCAGCUGAAACGCUCCAAGAACGACAGCAAACCCUACUGAUCCUAGCCCCGGGGCCUUCCCCCUCCCCAGCUCUAAAGCUAGCACUGCUAGGGUAAGUUCACCCUCCAGCCAAGGUCACCACAGCAGAGACUCAGUGGGGCAAGGGGACAGAAGCCCAUCACAGGAGGGAGACUCGGCCUAUUCCUUAAAAAAGAAAAAAAAAUGUUUGCAAUGAUCUUUCCACAUUUUUGCUGUAUUUCAUUCCUGCGGUUUUGUCAUGUAAUUUGAGUCUGAUUUAGUAUUUUAAUGUAUAUGAUUAUUUAUGACUAUCACUGGAGUCGGUGUUCGCUGGAGGUAUUUUGUGUCACUGUAUUUAGUGGAGAGCAUCAGAUGUUUCCAUGCCAUUUCAUUGCCUUCAGGUCAAGCUAGACAGGUUGACUAAGGAUCAGUUGUUGUUUCUGAAGCUAGGUCACAAGGACCCCCGAGCCCAGAGCUUUAGCCUGUGUUUGGCUGUUUACGUGCAGUUUGUCUCAUCCGUAUCAUUGUCAAUGUGAAACUCCUUUCUACGCUAGAUUUUCCAGUCUUCACCACACCUCUCUUCUACCCCCAUCCCCUCUGUUUCUCUCUCUGUCAUCUUUCAUUAUCUAAGCCAUGUUGAGCUAGGCUACCUCUCUGCGUCUUUAUUAACAACCUCUUCCAGUCAUUCCAUCCAUCCUCCAAGUCUCCCACAAGGGACUGGCUCUAGAUGGAUCUCUUUGGGUGCCAAGUAUACAGUUUGUGCAUGUUGGAGUCUCUGCCAUAUGUCCUGGUGGUGUCACUUCCUUAAAUCUGUGUAUUAUUGUUUUGUUUUUUGUGCGUUGGGAGAGGAGGGGGGGUUGCCCGUCCCCCCUGUUGUCCUUACUGUAUAUGUGGUGACUGGCAUUAUUUUUGUUUUUUUGUGCCUCAUGGCUAAAUGAUUCUUGUGCUGUGCCCCUAACUUUCUCUUCUCUCCUCUUUGUCCUCUCUCUUUCUCUCUCUCCUCUCUUCCUUUUGUGUUUUUGUUCCUUUUUAGAACAAAUCUCCAUGCCUGUUUGCUCAUCAUUAGCCUAGCAUGUCUUCAUGAUGUUGAAAGACAAGCCAAACUCCUGGCCCACAUCAUCCCACCAUUGUCUGUGAUGUCUCUCUAAGCUCGCCUGACCCCAAUACCUGGCCACCCACUGACCUUGACCUUAGCUCAACCUGAUUUUUCUGCAUGUAUAUUCAUUUUUGUUUUCGUUUGCUUUUUCUGUAUAGAAAUGUGACGGGUGGGAGAGAGGUCAAGCAAAAUCAAUGUGAAAACUUUACCUAGGUUAAGUUCAUUUGAGUGACCUGUUUUUUGUUUUUUUGCGAAUGUUUUAAAAAGAAAAAACCUGUGGGAUUUCUUACUUUUAAUUUAGCUUUGUGGGACUUUUUUUUUUUUUUUUUUAAUGUUUUUUUCUUUUUACCUCUCUCAGUAAAGCUCACUUGAAAGUUGAUUACAGGGAUUGGCACACAGCUGUGCUAUUUGGUGCCAUUAGCAAUAUGUUGGCUUCUUAAAAAAAAUGCUACAGACCACUUUCCAACACUUUUGAAAGUCUGACCAUUAAAAUCCCUCUCAGUGCUCUGUAAUGAUCUCUACAUUUUGCAGGCAGCGUGAAGACUUACACCAAGGCUAUUUAAAAAAAGAAAAAGAAAAAUUCAUUUAUAAAAAUAUCCAGUGUUUUUCUUUUUCUUUGAUUUCUUUUUGGGUUUUUUGUUUUUGAACUAUUGAUGGCACAAUAAAAGGUACAUUGCUCUGUUGAGAGAAA